ACGCUGGGCCAGCAGACAGUUUCAGCUCUCAGCAACUGAUGCACAGACAGCUGCUGUUUCUCCCUUCCCCUCCUUUUGCUCCCCUAACCAUUCUCCUUUCGUUUUUUCCCUACACUGCCUCCAUUCAUCCCCUCUGUACUUUCCCCUUCCUUCUCUCUACUCUGUCAUUCUGCCCUGAACUUUUUCCUCAGGCGGAUAUAAAGGUAGGUCCCGUUGGAGGGAGAGGGCUUGUGUAAUCUCUGGCUUCACAUGAGCACCGGAGAGUUAUUGCUUCAGCUGGAAAGGCAACAUAACAGAAGACCCGCAAACGAGUGAAGGACAAACUUUGGAAUAAGGGGAGGAAGAAGGAAUACCUCCAAGACAGGAAGGGAGGUGAAGGAGGGAGACGCAGAAAGAGUUUGGAGUUGGGGUGCAGGACACGGACCAUGCCGGGCUCUGUGGUGCUGGUGCUGUCCCUGUUGGUCCUGUCCACAGGAAGUGAUGCCAGACGAAUCAAGAAAAGAGGACUCAACCAUAAGGACUACGAAUACCCAAACCACCCUCAGUCCACACAGCACCAGAAGAAUGACCGGUGUCCACCGCCGCCCCAGAUGCUGCCAGAAAGAGCCUGUGAGGUGCCAGGCUGCCGCUCAGACUCAGAGUGUGAGCGCCAUAAACGCUGCUGCUACAAUGGCUGUAUCUACGCCUGCCUGGAGUCUGUCCAGCCGCCUCCAGUGUUGGACUGGCUGGUGCAACCCAAGCCUCGGUGGUUGGGAGGUAACGGCUGGCUGUUAGACGGCCCUGAGGAGGUUCUGCAGGCUGAGGCCUGCAGCACCACUGAGGAUGGAGACGAACCUCUCCACUGUCCUACAGGCUACGAGUGCCACAUCAUCAACCCAGGAAACCCUGCCGCUGGCAUCCCUAACCGGGGACAGUGCAUUAAGCAACGUGGCAACUCCGAUGGACGUGGUCUGAGGCACAAAUACUUCAAGGACUACAAGGACUACUUAGGUAAGUGAGGUACAAGUUCUAACAAUGCAGUAGGCUACGAAAAACAUCACCACAAGCAUCUGGGAUGAAGUACGUUUUCAGCCACUUUCAACCAUCAUAUUAAAAACCAAAGACCCUUGAACUUUUAUCUCCCUUUAGACAAAGCCUUAUGGAUUUCUUUUGUCGUUGUAUCUGCUCUCAGAUCAACCUGACCUCAGCCCCAGCUACGACCAUAACACAACCUCAGACAUCAGCUCCACUCCUGUUCGAUCUGCUCUCAUCACAGCUGAACCAGGAUCAGAACUGACCUUUUUACCAGACCUACAGCUGCUACCUCCUCUUUGCAAAGGUCGCGUCUUGCGGCCUCAGUCACGUAGUCCUUUGGGAGACGAGUCUGAAGUGUCUACAGUACACAACCAAAGAAAUAAGUGCUUUUUUUAUCUCUCUGCCUGGUGCCUGUGAAAUGAUGGAGCAGAGGGUGUCGAUGUUGAAGCAGAGGUGAGGCGAGCAGGGCGUGCACCAAAGCUUUUUAUCAAAUGUCUCAAAAGGAAAUAAGGAACCCAUGCCAUUUCUUUUUCAUUUCUUUAAACCUGCUAAUUUUUAUUGUCACACACUCUCUUACCUUAAGGCUUGGUCAGCAGAGAAAAUCAAGACCAUGUGGCCCUGUUACCCAUUCUGUCUCUUAUUCUUAGAAGGACGGUGCUCAAGUUUCCAGAUCUGAAAUGUGGAAGGUUUUAUGGACAAAUAGAGAAAAAAAAUCCAGCAUUACUGGUUGCAUCUUUAAAUCAAAUCCAAAUGUGGUUUAAUAUUCUAACUAAUAACUUUAAUUGAAAUAACAAAUGCCAUAUGAGUGUGUGGAUUGUGUCAGUUUCAAUAUAUUUGGAACAGCUGUAGAUUAGUUCCAGCCAACAGAUGCUGACCAUGACUUCAUUGCUGUGAAAAGCAAAUUAAAGUUAGGUAUAACAAGUUUAUUUGAGAGGUCCAUUGGAGAUUUAAAGGGAUAAAAAAAAACACCUUUAAACAUGGUGAAUUAUCCCUUUAAAGACAAACUCUGUAUAUACAGUAUCAUAUCGGUAAUUAAUUUCCCGAAAUUGAAUAGUGCAGAUUAUUCAAACAUUUCAGAUUUUUGAAUAAUGGCAAACGGUAAACGGACCUGUACUUGUAUAGCGCCUUUCUAUUCUUCCGACCACUCAAAGCGCUUUUACACUACG